UCAGCAGGUUAGGUACAGUGACUGUUUGAGCCGUGUAACGACGUCAUACCCACUUUGACCGGAACCGUAACAACUCAUUGAACGCAACAAGUGAGAUUCCCAAUCCACACAUCAUGGGAUAAUCACGCUAGAAGGUCAUCAGAAAACUACUAGAAAUCGACUAAUCUUGAGAACAGAGCUGUGGUAUAAUGGAGAAGGGGCUGUCGCAGGACGACUUUGAUCAUGGAGGGGCAAUCAGCGAUACAGAAACGCAUAACCAGCUGGAGGUCGUGCUUUACCCCGAUUACAGUCACCGCCGCAAGUCGUCCUUGGUUUCGGUAGACGACUCAAGAUCAAGACCACACCUUGACAAUACGGACGAGAGAACGGCAUGUUUUGUGCACUCAUUGAUCAUGGGUGAAUGGAUAACACCGCCAUCCAAAGACAUCCGACCAGAUGUGAAGCCGAGCAAAGCGCACGAGACAACCCCACAAACGAGCGUCGUCGACGACGACGCGAUUAAACCAACCGAGGCGAAGGACCGAAAGGCUCUCAGGACACUCCCUACAGUGGUGCAAUCACGGCACCUGACCAAGAAGCAGCUGUCGGAUAUGGCAUGGAAUGUGCGCAAGCUGUCAAAGAAACUAGGGAGCAUCAAGCUCAAGCUUACGGUGAAGAGCGUAUUGUUGGUGACAAAGGUACGCGACGAAUCUCUUGUCGUACUUACGCGGAAGGUUACCCAGUGGCUGCUCUCCAAGGAUCGCUCGACAAAAUAUGUCGUCUACGUGGAGAAGCGGCUGGAGACGCAUCCGGAUUUUGGAGCUAUUCAACUCCUUCAAGAAGAACCUACAGCCGAAGGUCGGCUCAAGUACUGGGAUACAGAUAUGGCAUCCGAGGAAGCACAUUUAUUCGACUUUGUUGUUACACUAGGAGGAGAUGGAACGGUUCUCUACACAAGCUGGCUGUUCCAGCAUGUCGUACCACCCGUACUCUCGUUUUCCCUUGGGUCUCUGGGAUUCCUGACUAGAUUCGAUUUCAACCAGUAUCAGAGCACACUAGAGACGGCGUUCAAAGACGGCGUCGUGGUAAGCCUCAGACUACGGUUCGAGUGCACGAUCAUGAGGAGCAAUCGGCGGCCGGAGGACGACGCAACGAACAUAACGAAGCGGGAUCUCGUCGAAGAACUGAUAGGAGAGGAGAUGGAAGGUACAUUGACUCAUAGACCGGACAAGGUUUUUCAGAUCCUCAACGAUGUCGUGCUGGACAGAGGACCGAACCCCACGAUGUCUCAAAUUGAGCUGUUCGGUGACAAUGAGCAUUUCACGACAUUGCUAGCGGACGGUGUCUGUAUAGCGACGCCUACCGGCUCGACGGCGUACAAUCUCGCAGCGGGAGGUUCGCUGUGUCAUCCAGAGAACCCCGUCAUUCUCGUCACGGCAAUCUGCGCCCACACUCUGUCUUUCCGACCGAUUAUAUUGCCAGACACCAUUGUUCUACGUAUGGGAGUGCCUUACGAUGCUCGGACAAGCUCAUGGGCAAGCUUCGAUGGUCGAGAGAGAAUCGAAUUGCAGCCGGGCGACUAUGUGACUGUAUCCGCAUCGCGGUAUCCGUUUGCAAACGUGCUACCCCACAAUCGACGUGGCGAGGACUGGGUUCAGAGCAUCUCCAAAACUUUGAAUUGGAAUUCGAGGCAAAAGCAGAAGAGCUUCAAAUAGCGUACGCUGCUGCCAAUGCAGCGCCAACCGGGGAUUUGCUGGUAUGCCGUCAUGACUUGUAUAUAGAGGAGCAACCUUAAAUUUUUUGGAUAUGGAUAAUUUUUGGGGGGAGGUAUGCACUUGACGACGAUUUCAUACUCAUCUGCUUCCCAUCUGCUCUUGUUCAAUUCCACACAAAACGCAUAAUCUUGGGAUCAUUCAUUUUGGUAGCCCUCAAAGGCAUGUCAUUGUUGGAUAUCGCAUAGCUGAAGAAAAUUAUCUUGAGUAAUGGAAAUUCUGUCAGUCUAA